GCGGCUGCAUCACCGCCCGCGACCGGGCAGGACGGGGCGAGCGGAGCCGAGCAGCCCGGGCCGGGGUCCGCACCGCCACCAUGCAGAUGUCCUUCUACUUCUCGGACACAGCAGUGCUGCUCUUUGACUUCUGGAGCGUCCACAGCCCCACAGGGAUGGUGCUCUCAGUGCUGGUGAUCCUGCUGCUCUCCAUGCUUUAUGAAGCCAUCAAGAUGGGCAAGGCCCUGCUGCUGCGGCGGGCACUGCUGGCACUGCCCCACAGCCUCAGCCAGGAGUCACUGGUGGAGCCAGAGGAGGGGGACCCUGGCUCUACACAGGGCAGGUGGUUUGGGUACCACGUUGGGCAGACGCUGUUCCACGUGGUGCAGGUGGUGCUGGGCUACCUGGUGAUGCUGGCUGUCAUGUCCUACAAUGCCUGGAUCUUCCUGGGGGCCAUCCUGGGCUCCACACUGGGCUAUUUCCUGGUGUACCCCCUGCUUGGUCGGGGCUAGCUGCCCCCCACAGGGUGGUGGGCACCAUCCCCCACACCUCCUGCUCCUGGGUCUGCAAUAGCUGCACUCGCUCCUGCUGGGUCUGUCCCAGGGACUUGCUGUGGGGACUCUCAGUGCUGGGGAAGGGGAGCCCCAAGGACAGCAUCUUGCUGCCACCACCACCACUGUCCUCAGCUGGUGGCUGUCCCCCAGCUCUCAGGAAGCUUUGGGUGGGUGAUGCUGGUGGUGGGGUGCUGGGCAUCUCCCUCCCCUCCCCCUUUCUUUUUGAGGAGCUUCAUCCUGGCUGGAACAGGAAGGGUCCAAUGACAACCUUGGGGACAGGCACUCCUGGCCAGAGCUGCUCUGCACCAAGCCCCUCUUCACACAGUGCCUUCUGGGGAUCAUGGGAGGGGUCCUGCUCAACCCCUCCCUCCCCACACACUUGCUUCAGGGAUGGGAGUUGGGAUUGGUGUGGCCACGCCUAGGAGAAGCUGCUGCUAUGGAUUCCUCUUGCUGCCUCCUUGGGACACCCCUUGUAAUAAAAUCAUCUUAGUCCUUCAGCUCCUGGCUCCUGUCACUGCUGGGUGGCCUCAGGAUGUGACACCCAUCCCCUGUCACCAUGGCAGUGAGGACCCCCAGCCCUCCUCUCUCCACCAUGGCCCCAGGGUGGAGAGGGGAUGGGUCAGGGAAUAAGGACACUCUCCUCAGGCUUUAAAUAAAGCUUUUCCUUUUUAUUAA